UGUCUCUCCUGGAGAUUCAAUGGUUCCCACAUCUAUGGUGUUAUCCGGAAAAUAGCAUUUAUAUUUAGUCUAGACGAGCGAGGAAACGGUCACAAUGUCUGUGCAAAUAACGAAUCCAAGCAACCCGAUUGUCUUCUUCGACAUAACCAUCGGAGGACAGGAUAUCGGACGGAUGAAGAUCGAGCUGUUUGCCGACGUGGUUCCAAAGACGGCAGAGAAUUUCCGGCAGUUCUGCACUGGAGAGUUCAGGAAGGAUGGCGUCUCCAUUGGUUUCAAAGGUUGCCUGUUCCACAGGGUGAUAAAAGACUUUAUGAUACAAGGCGGGGACUUUGUGAAUGGUGAUGGAACUGGUAUCUGCAGCAUCUACAGAGGUCCAUUUGUAGACGAAAACUUCAAAAUGAAGCACUGUGCACCUGGUCUUCUGGCCAUGGCAAACAGUGGGCCUGGGACAAAUGGUUGUCAGUUUUUCAUUACCUGCACCAAAUGUGACUGGUUAGAUGGGAAGCAUGUGGUCUUUGGAAAAGUGGUUGAUGGUUUGCUGAUCAUGAGGAAAAUUGAGAAUGUUCCUACGGGACCCAACAACAAGCCCAAGCUCCCCAUCCUCAUCGCCCAGUGUGGAGAGAUGUGAUCCAGCUUCCUCACAACGCCAGAAUCAUACGACCUCUGUGUACAUGAAGUAGUUUUACUUGAUACAAACAUAAACCUACAUGUUCUCUCGCGUGUGGAUGAUGCCUUCUCCCAUGGUGCACAGUGAAGAGCACUUGCACAGUACAUCAUUUGGGCAAUUAUCUUGAGUUUGGUAGAAAUGGAUUCCAGGUUAUCGGCUGAAUCCAGAUCCAGAUAAGAUUAUUCACACUUCACGUUGGGUUUGGAACUGACAAGAUGUGCUUAAUAUAUUAGUUUUAAUUUGUUUUUGCAAAAUGUCAUGUCAGGUUGUUGGGUCCAAGUGGAGACAAUUUGUGGUUUCUCUUAGGAUAAAGACGAAUAAGAAAUUGACUUUUUUUAAGCCUUAAGAAAGCAUUGCUUGGCAGUUAAAACAUUCAUAAUGGCUGUUUCAGUCAAACUGUUCAUUGAGGAUGAAUAAAUUGUUUUACUUUUUCAUAAA